GCGGCCCAAUCUCCCGGGACUGGAGCAGGCGAGUGCCGGGCUGCUCCGGUAGGUCUGGCGAGCGCGGGUUCAGCAGAUCGGGGGCAAACGUGCAGGUUUCACGUCACCGUUGCAGCUCUCCUUGUUUUAUUGUAUUGCAGUAAUCGUCAUAAACUCCUAUGCGCCGCGGAAUUUGUACUGUCUUGCUACCUGAUUUGCAAACUUAGUGGCAGAGCUGUGUGCACUGGCUGGACACAGACGUGGAUUGUAGGGGAUUUAUUAUUCCCCAGCUCUGAACGCUUUAGCCCCAUUAGCUUCUCAGAUUGAACCUCACCGACCUCGACUAGAUGCUAACAGGAGGAAACUCAGAAAAGCAUUGUUCCCUGGCAAAGCUUCCAAAGGACCAAGAAUGACAUGAGUAGGUGUACAGCCCUAUAGAGAUUGGUCCCUCGGUCUUCCCCUCAUAAUUGUGACCUGUUAAUGUUCCGGUGUUAAUGACAAAAUGAGUGAUCGCUAUUUAGAACAAAGGAUUAGCAUAAAAUUUUGCGUAAAACUGAACAAGUCAGCAAGUGAGACCCACCACCUUUUAAAAGAAGCCUACAGGGAUGAAGUCAUGUCAAGGGCUCGAGUUUUUGACUGGCACAAAAGAUUUAAAGAAGGACGAGAAGAUGUUCGAGAUGAUGCACGAAGUGGUCGCCCAGUCACCCACAGGACACAUGAAAAUAUCCAGAAGGUCAAGAAUUUGGUUUGUUCAAACAGGCAGUUAACUGUGAGGAUGAUGGCUGAAGAGUUACAUUUAGAUAAAGAAACUGUUAGACUUACUCUGAAAGAAAACUUGAACAUGAGGAAGGUUUCUGCCAAAGUUGUAUCAGGUAUUUUGAUGGGUGACUCUAAAUCUGGAAAAUUUAACUUUCAGUCUGACCUUUCAAAGAAAACUAGGAAAAGUGGCUCAUUGGUGAGGAAGAAGGCAACAAGUUCUGAAACAUGGAGUUAUCUGCAGCGAGAACGUGGCGUGGAAAUGCCUCAGCCAGUAGCCCAUCCCCAAAUCUACUGCCCUGCUAGCCAGCUUCUGCCGGCCUCAUCUUCAGCAAGCCUUUGCACACGGGUGGCUCAGGAUUGGUUUACUCCCUGGGUAAAAAGAACCUGAGAUACCUUAGACCGAGCCAGGAAGCUACGUUAUGGUUAGACGGCUUGAUUUGCUGUUCACUGGAUUCCAGUCUACCACUUAUCUCUGCUUGUCAUAGCCCUCCUAUUUAUUCUAUUGAGGGCUAUGGAGCCAUCUUUCUUCCUGUUCUCCACCACUUUAAAGUGCUUUUGACUGUUGACUUUUGUUAUUUGCUUGUUCUUGAUUUCUAGAGAUCAUCAUGUUCUUGAUCAACACAUAUGUAUUUCCUCAUUGCCCACAUCUCAGCUUGUUAUGGCUGUCCUGUUUUUUUAGUCUGCCCCAAGGGAUCAUCAUCUGUAUGUCUGUGCCCAGGGAGCCAUGCUCUUUGAAAAGGACUCCAAAAGAAAGCCUACAGUUUCAGACUGCUUUACAUUCAGGGCCCGAGGUAUGGUACAAAAGGCAGUGGUGUACUGACAUAUCAAGCAGUGUUGGGCCUCGGGUGACUUGGCAGGAAUGAUUGGAAGAGCCCCUCAGAGCUUGGGCUGGGCUCUGGUGCUGAUCUUGUCAAAGAUCCUACCCCCCCCCCCCUGCAACACACACAGAGCUGAAUUGCUCCGUUCUAGUCCUGUCCUUUAGAUCCCCACUCUUUUGGGUGAUCCCUCUGCUGGAAAAGGAGGUUCUAACCUAGGAAAGGAUAAAACAGGAACCCCAGGCCAAGACUGUAUUGUGUGGGGAGAAAGACCAGGUGACUUCAGGCCCUAAAUUAAGGAAGUUUGCAGUCUGUGUACCAAUUCCCACAUGGCAGCGGGUUUUUAGUAACUGACACUUGUCCUGUCAUAGUGUGAGUGUGCUUUGAGCACCUUCAGUUUUUAGAACACUUCUGUAUGUUGGUGAGAUCAUCAAAGGCAGAUGGACUUCCUGCAGGAAGUGGUUGUUGAGUGCAUCCAUGAGGAAGGGUGGGACAGAACUACAAGAUCAGGAAGGCUUCCCAGACAGGUGAAAUGGCAUGAAGCUCGAAACCUGUGUCAGUAGAAAAUGAUGACACUAUUGGCUAAAAUGGCAAAGUCUAAAGGGGAAGAUAGUGAUGCUACAAAAGACGAACAAUUUGGGAUCAUUUGUGUCCUCUCCUCUGUGCUGCCAAUAUUUUAUAAAUUGCUUCCCCUGAGUCUGUGAGUAGGUUUGUAAUCACUUAUUUGAUCAUCUAAUUGUCCCAUCAGACUCCAUAAAGCAGUCUUUACAUAUUCAAACUGUCUCUUCUCUUCCUGCUUCUAUUAGAAUUUGUGGAAUGGAACUUUGCCCAAGUGACUGGCUUCCAAAUAAUACCAUAUAGACUAGAAAUAUCUCAGCGUACCUGAUAGAAAUCGGGAAGGAAGGAGGUAACAGUAUUUCACAGCACUGGCCAGUGUGUGUGUUUGUUUUGAGACAGUCUCACUGUGUAAUUCAGGCUUGUCUGGAACAGACUUUGUAGCCUUGGACACAGCAAUCUUCCUGCCUCAGCCUCCUUGAGUGUUGGAAUUAUAGGUAUGUGCCACUACCCCAGCCUAGCUCUAUUUUACCCAAAGAUUUUGACACAUAAACAGUUGCAUUUAUUUAUUU